GUUAGUGCAAAGCAAAGCAUGCUGGAUCACUGUUUAACGCCCAAAAUGGCGGCACGAUUGAAAAGUUUUGGCUGUUUUGUUCGAGUUUAUUUCCAAAGCAGACCGUUUCCUUAGUUGUUUUAAAUCCAAGUAAACCUCUGUUUUUUAACCUUUGUGGAGAGCCGAUAUAUUUUACGACUGUAACGGCACGAUGUAAGAAUUGGGAUGGCGUUUUGCUAUCAGUUCAAAACUGGGCAUCUCUUUACAAAUGCUAUGCUACGUUAAAAUAGCCUAGCAAGCUAACUGCGGUCAGAUUGGUGCUUCGCUUAAAGCUUCGGUGGUAACAUCUGGUCACACCUGGAUCUCCAAGCUGAAGUGAAUAUGAAGAGGAGAACCUUUACUUAGAAAUGGAGGAUGAUGUGAAAAAAGUAAAAAAGGCUGGUAUUGUGUCUCCGUUCAAACGAGUCUUCCUGAAAGGAGAGAAGGGGAGGGAUAAGAAGGCCCAGGAGAAGGCCACAGAGCGCAGGGCCCUACACACAUUCUCUCUUUCUCAGCCUGAUCAUCGCAUCGACCCUGACAUCCUACUUAAUGACUACAUUGAGAAGGAAGUCAAAUACUUGGGGCAGCUGACAUCAGUUCCUGAAUACUUGAAUCCAUCAAGUAGGACAGAAGUCUUGCAGCUCAUUGACAAUGCAAGGAAGUCGCAUCAGUUGGCAGGCCAACUGACACCAGAGCAGGAUGCAGUGGUGAGCUUGUCAGCAUACAACAUCAAGCUUGUAUGGCGGGAUGGAGAGGACAUCAUCCUGAGAGUGCCCAUUCAUGAUAUUGCUGCUGUCUCUUACAUCAGGGAUGACUCGUUGCACCUUGUGGUGAUAAAAACGGCUCAGGAGUCUGGAGGCUCUCCCUGUCCCAGCUCAUGUCCUGAUCUCAAUAAGUCCCAGACUCUGAGCUCCCUGUCAGAGAGUGGAGCUGUGCUUGUCGAAGUUUGCUGUCUGCUUGUUCUUGCGGUUGAUAAUAAGGCCGCAGCAGAGGAGUUGUGUCUUCUGCUCAGCCAGGUCUUUCAGAUCGUUUACACAGAAUCAACCAUCGACUUCCUAGACAGAGCCAUUUUUGAUGGAGCAACCACGCCUACUAGGCACCUGUCAUCAUACAGUGAUGACUCUUCAAGCAAAAUAGAUGUCAAGGAGACUUUUGAAGCUGAAGCGAAUGCAUUUCCUUUUCAGGUCAAUAUGGAUACAGAUGGGAACUCUCCAUCAGCAUCCACUCCAACAUCUUCUCAACCAAAAACUGCAAGUGAAGGAGAGCUCAGUACCACUGCUACAGAGCUGCUGCAAGACUACAUGACCACAUUGCGGACAAAGCUGUCAUCACAGGAGAUCCAGCAGUUUGCAACUCGGCUCCAUGAAUACCGAAACGGUGCCUCCAUUCAUGAAUUCUGUAUCAAUCUGCGACAACUCUACGGGGACAGCAGGAAAUUUCUCCUACUGGGCCUGCGUCCCUUCAUACCCGAGAAGGACAGCCAGCACUUUGAGAACUUCCUGGAGACUAUCGGAGUGAAGGACGGCCGUGGCAUCAUCACAGAUAGCUUUGGCCGCUGCAAGCGUACACCCAGCUCAGCUUCUGACUCCACCACCAAUGGAAACGGAGCAGCAGGAGGAAGUGGCGACAGCACAGCCUCGGACGAGGGCCAGGAGGCCUCGGAGGGUGAUGAAUGGGACCGUAUGAUCACUGACAUCAGCAAUGACAUUGAAGCCCUUGGCUGUUGUAUGGACCAGGAGGCAGCAACACCCUGACAUGAUGAACAAAAGGGAGAUAGUUUUGCAAGAAUGGAGGACCUGAACAGAAGUCCUCUAAUGAGCAGUAGGCAUGAGCUAAGCAGGUCAGAUGAAGGUGGCCCUUAGCACUGACCUACGACCUGCUUAAUUGAUAUUCCUCUAAUUAUCAAGAGGACAUUCCAUAGUCCCUACACACUCAAGUAAACGCCUCAACUUGUUACUAUUGAGUCAACAAAUGCACUUAUACAGACGCUGUAGUUGGCAUGCAGUUUGCCAGUUUUGCUUUUCAGACGGAUUCAUAGCUGCUUAUUUAACAUUUUAAUUUGAUUUUUUACUCUUUUAUUGGCAGCAUCUGCCACUGCUAUCAGUAAUGUAGCAAACUCUCCAGUCAGUACAAAACAGACUCCAGAGAUUCUGUCAGUGGACUGCUGACAUGUUUUUAGGAAGCUAAGCCUAAGGUUUGUACUUUUGUAUAAACCAAUCUUUGGUUUUCUUCAUUUAUUACACUUUGUGUUGCUGUGGGAGUGUAACAUUUUGCUAUGUAAUAUUGUUUUUUCCAGUCAGAUUUGUACCCUGCUUUGUUUCACACUAUCAUUUGUUUAUCAGUGUUUACUCAUUUAUGUAUUUUUGCCUUAUUGAAACUGACCAAGGAAAUGCUGUAAAAAAAAAAAAUUCUUACUGAUGUAAAUCGACUGAGUGGUGGCUGUAUUUGACAAAGCCUCUUGGUGGAUGUCUGAUGUAAAUUCAAAGAUUUUCGUUCUUAUCAUGCAGGUCAUUUUGUUGUGUGACAUCACAUUUUUCAUUGUGCCUUUACACUGCAGUACUACUGCCAACCGUCUGACAGACAAGCUAUUAGGAGCUGUAAAGAGUUUUUAAGCAGAUUGUGGGUAUUAAAUAACAGAUCAUUUAUACUGAUUGUAUGUUGGUAUUACAAAAUUGCAUCAGGAUGUUGCAUAAAUACAUGUUGUGGUUCUUUA